AUGCUACUCAUACGCCCAUCAUCCUCCUUAUUACGACAUGCUAUAGCAUUUCGAUCCCUUGCUACGCACAGUCUUUCAAAAGCUGAAAGAGGGAAGCAACUUGCUGCGUAUCGUGCAGUUGAUGAAAUGCUAGAUUCGAGUCUCGAGAAGGGCAUCAUAGGUCUCGGAUCUGGUUCAACAAUAGAACAUGCCAUUGAGCGCAUCCAUCAGCGUAAAGAUCUUCACUCGGUCGUUUAUGUACCAACCAGUUUCCAGACUAAACGGCUCAUACUACACUACAACCUUAGGCUUGGAAAUAUUGACCAAUAUACAUCGGUUGACUUGACUAUUGACGGCGCGGAUGAGGUUGACGCAAAUUUAAAUGCCAUCAAAGGAGGUGGAGCCUGUCUAUUCCAAGAAAGACUGGUUGCUCAAGCAUCCAAGAAAUUUGUCUUGAUUGCAGAUGAGCGGAAAAAAUCUGAUAAACUAGGAUCAAAGUAUCUUCGCGGUAUUCCUAUUGAAAUUGUUCCAAUGGCUCUUCAAACAGUAUUAUUUAAUAUCCAGAAUAUGUGGGAAAAUGCAACCGUGAGACUGCGAAUGGCAACACCUACAGACAAAGCAGGACCAGUUGUCACUGACAAUGGAAAUUUAAUCCUUGAUUGUCAGAUGGGACCUAUUGAUGAUCCUGUGAAUGUCUACAGAGAUAUCAAAUUAUUGACGGGUGUUGUGGAUGUUGGUUUGUUCUGUAAUAUGGCUGAAGUAGCAUACUUUGGUGGUCUGGAGGAUGAGAAGGUUGAUAUUUGGUACAAGCAAAAAUCAGGAAAAGGAUCGACUGUGGUGAGAAGCUAGAAUGAAGUUUGUAAUAAAGCAAUUAAAAGGAUAAUAUAAAAUUAAAAAGUCGAAAAGGAAAAUAGAAUUAUGCGUAAUUUACAGAAUAUAUAGUGGUAAUCAAAAGCAGAAGAAAAAGUAGAAAGUAAAAAAGUAAAGAUUAAUAAGAAAAACUGCCUUGAUCGUGGUGAAUAAAACAAGAAUGCAUGAUUUUUGUUUGGUGGAUCCAAUGAAUCCUCGUUAAUACUCGUCAUAGUCAUAAUAGUUGUCUUCAGUAACGGCUUCAUCCCAGCCCAUCUUAGAUCUUGCCUCACGCAACAGACGUUCGUCGUCUGCCAUGUCAUCCAAAUCCAUAUCUUCAUCAUCUUCUUCAUCUUCCACUUC